AUGAGUAAAGCCAAGGGAACGGGAUUUUCAUCAAUUGAUACUGAAGAUGAAAACUUACGCGAACGUUAUGUUAAUCAACCAAAAGCUAAUGCCUCCGAUAUUCAAGAUGAACAAUUAGAUUGCUUUGAGCAACUAGAAGAAAAACAUAGGACAAAAAAAAAUGAAGAAUACACUGCGUUGAAAAUUUUAAGGGAUGUCAUAGGUCCCCUUUUAUUAACUAUAACUUCGUUUUAUCUAAGAUUCCAACAUAUAGAUCAGAACAAUUAUGUUGUCUGGGAUGAGGCUCAUUUUGGGAAAUUCGGAUCAUACUACAUCAAACAUGAGUACUACCACGAUGUCCACCCUCCACUUGGUAAAAUGCUUAUUGCAUUGAGCGAAUGGAUGGCAGGAUUUGACGGUCAAUUUGACUUUUCCUCUAAUAAUGCAUAUCCGGAAAACGUAAACUUUAAACUAAUGAGACAAUUUAAUGCCACAUUUGGAGCUCUAUGUACACCAGUAGCUUUCUUUACAGCCAAAUGGAUGGGGUUCAAUUAUUUUACUGUUUAUUUGAUUGCUACGAUGGUAACGUUGGAACAUUCAUAUAUUGUCCUCUCAAAAUUCAUAUUGCUAGAUUCAAUGCUGCUUUUUUUCUCGAUGACGACUUUUGCCUGUAUGAUAAAGUUGUAUACGUUGAGAAAGCAACAAAUGACGAAAAAAUGGUCGUUAUGGAUGUUAUUAACUGGUUUAUCUAUUGGUUGCGUUUGUUCUGUGAAAUGGGUUGGUCUUUUUAUCACAGUUGUAGUCGGCCUCUACACAUGUAUAGAACUAUUUUUGCUCUAUUGUGAUAAAGAAUUGCCUAGAAUAAAAUAUUACAAACAUUGGCUUAUCAGAAUCAUUAAUCUGAUAGUAAUUCCUUUUCUUAUCUAUCUCUAUUGCUUCAAAAUUCACUUUGUGUUGUUGUACAAAUCUGGCACGGGGGAUUCUACUACAAAUACGUUAUUUCAGAUAAACUUGGAGGGAACUCAGAUUGAGGCGGGUCCUCGUGAUGUAGCAUUUGGGUCAGAGUUAACCAUAAGGUCGCAUGGUUUAAGCCCGAAUCUGCUGCAUUCACAUAUUCAAGUAUACCCAGAAGGCUCUGGACAGCGCCAAAUCACUGGAUAUGGAUUCGCAGACUCUAAUAAUGUUUGGAAGUUUGAAUUUUCUAGGUCUUCUGGAUUGGAACUAGAUCAGAACGGGACUUUGAAUGGCAAAAUAAUCCCAAUAACGGAUGGUGUGGAAGUUCGUCUCAGCCAUAAAAAUACAGGAUCGAAUCUUCACUCGCAUGAUGUACCUUCUCACGUCUCUAGAGGAAAUUAUGAGGUUUCAGGCUAUGGGUCACAAAGUGUUGGCGAUGAAAAGGAUGAUUGGAUAGUGGAGAUUGUGAAACAAAUGGAUUCACCAAAUCCCGUCUAUUCUAAUGAGAAUUCAACUAUUUUACAUCCAGUUUCUACUUUCUUCAGGUUGAGACACAAAGUUUUAGGUUGUUACUUGGCUUCUACUGGAUUGACGUAUCCAGCUUGGGGAUUUAAACAAGCUGAAAUCGUCUGCAAAGACUCCUGGAGUCGUAGGGACAAAUCGACCUGGUGGAAUGUAGAAGAUCACUGGAACCACAAUUUAGAAACCGCAGAAGAUUACGUUCCACCAAAAUCCAAUUUUUGGACCGAUUUUAUUCUAACUAAUUUUGCCAUGGCCUCCUCUAAUAACGCGUUAGUGCCUGAUGAGGAUAAAUAUGAUAGUUUAUCGUCUGAUGCAUGGGAAUGGCCAACCUUGCAUAAAGGGCUAAGAAUGUGUUCAUGGGCGGGAUAUAUCACUCGAUAUUACUUGAUGGGAUCUCCCUUCAAUACAUGGAUUUCUACUGUCUCCUUAAUCAUCUUCCCAUUUAUUAUUCUUUUUAUAUUAUAUCGUUGGAGGAGACAAACGCUUUAUCUCUCAGACGAUCAAAUCUGGCAAAUAACGAUACAGGGUAUUUUUCCUUUCAUUUCCUGGAUGACACAUUAUCUGCCUUUUGCAAUGAUGGGGAGAGUGACGUAUGUACAUCACUACGUUCCCGCUUUAUAUUUUGCAAUGCUUGUUUUCGGAUUUGUGCUUGAUUUCACUUUGACAAGAGUCCAUUGGAUGGUCAAAUAUCCCAUCUAUUUGUCAUUGUUUGGCGGAUGUAUAUACAUUUAUAAUUUAUUUGCUCCAAUAUGUCAGGGUAUGCAUGGUGAUAAAGCGGAAUACUUACCUUUGCAGUGGUUAUCUACUUGGGAUAUCGCACCUUAG